AUGUACCAGUUCUGCAUGGUGGUGGUAGUAACGUGGCAACCACAGAAGCAACCUAAGGGACAUUUGUCAAGAGUUGGCAGCAAGCAUGGUGAGAACCAGUAUGGUGCUGUUCCUACCAGUAAGGAUCCUAUUCAGAAGGAAAUGGAGACCACCGGAGAUACCACUGGCAUUGGCGUUAGUGCUGAUGGUGGUGGCAGUACACAAGUCAUAGCAGAAGAUUAUGACAGAAGCACCACCAUCAUAAUCAGUGUAAAUACGUCAUGUUAUGAAAUAAAUGCUACACGUUGCUUCCUACACAAUACUGAACAUGUCUAUGUUCUUCCUUCUGUCACCUGA